CGCAUAAAAGCCUGCUAAAAUUGAGCUGGACGCCGAAACAUACAUCUCGUAGGAGAACUCUCUGCAACAGACGGCCUGCGCAACUGCAUCUGAGAAGAGCGAUGAACGCCAGCCACGCGGACUGUUCGAGGCAAGCCGGCGGCAUCACGUUGAAGCUUCGUCGCUUCGACGGCAUCUUGAUCAGCGACCUGUUCGACGAGUCUCGGCUGCGAUCGGCGAUGCGGUACGAGCCACGGCCCGGCGACGUGUUCGUCGUGGGCUUCCCGAAGACGGGCACAACCUGGCUGCACUUCGCGGUGCGGCGCCUGCUCAACGCAGGCGACGAGACGCCGCUGGAGAGCGCCGCCGCCUGCAUGCCCGGUGCUUCGUUCCUCGAAAUCGCCGGCGCCGAGCCCGUCGAGUCACUGCGCCGACCGGGCGCUGUCAUCAAGACACACUUGCCCUUCGAGAACGUGCGCUUCUCGGAAAAGGCCAGGUAUAUCUACGUGCUGCGUAACCCGUACGACACCUGCGUGUCCUUCUGCCACCAUUUGCGAAAUGUGGUGUCGGGUUUCAACGACAUGAGCUUUGACGACUUCUUCGAGCAGUUCAUUGACGGCAAUGUCCACCCGAACGACUACUUCGACCAUUUGACAAGCUGGCUGGAGCAAAGAUCGAAGCCCAACUUUCUCGUCCUCGCAUACGAGAACUUGAUAGGGGAUCCCCGCUCCAGCUUCUUGAGGAUUGCGGCCUUUCUCGAUAAGGGGCUAGAAAUGACUCUGAGCAAGGACGAGGCCGCAAUGGACGCAUUCUUGCAGGCGAUCUCUGCUGAUGUGAUGAAAGCGACCUUCCUCGAAGUCCGCGCGGCCAGAGAGCGAGACAUGUCCAGCGGCUGUACCCAUUCCAAGCUACCAAACGAGAAGCAGCUAAACGGUCCGUGUGAGCCGAGAGAAAGAGCCAGAGGCGGAUACAUCAUAAGGAAAGCAGUUGUCGGCGACUGGAAGAAUUACUUCUCAGCGUCUCAGAUUGAACGCAUGAAGGCCAAGAUGGCAAAAAACGCUGCCGUACUCAAAGAACCCCUUGAUGUUCUGUGGAAGGACGUCGACUUGCCAUAAACAGCUGAUGCUGUGCGCACCCUGUGUGUGGGCAAAAGGGUUGCAGCACUUGCACUGAUUCGCGAGCAUCAAGGUCCAGAAUAAAUUUACACUUAGUCGAGUUAUAUUGUCAAUUUCUUUCAUUAAAUACAUAUUGUGCUGCUCAGA